AUGAGCAGUAGUCUGAAGAAUGUUGAUAAAAUAUCAUUUGUUCAAUUCGCUGAACUAUAUCAAAGUAUUUCGAAUCAAAAUAAGAGUGAGGACGGGAAUGUUUAUAAUACUGCCGAAACACAGAGGAAAAUUGCAAAACUAGUUUUUGUGGCUGCGUCUGAGAGCUUGGACAAUGCAGGUAGUUGUGACAUGCUCGAUCACAACUUGAACAUAUACACAAACACGGUUGAUCAAAACGGAAGUAACAUUUAUGAUGCCCUUCUUCAAAAAGCUUAUCCUGAUAUUGCUAAUAAUAGGCAAAAAUUAAAAGUUCCUGAAUAUUUGCCUGAAAUACAAAUAUGUUCUUAUAUGACAGAUUUAAUUUGUACUCCUGAUCAAAAAGUAUCCUGCCGAGCUUCAGAAAAAAUUGGCCACUCUGAAGCAGAGCAAUUUAUUAAUUUAUUUUCUUCAGAAGAUGAACAGUGUUUAGAACCAUCAGCUAGUAAAGCUAAAGACCAGAAACUAUUUCCAACAGAAUUAUUUAGAGAAUUUAGGCCACAUAAGUCAAAACAAAAUUAUUCACAUGCAGCAGUUUCAACAGAUUCAGACGAAACUUUUGAAUCAAGUGAAAAAGAAUUUAAAGAUCCCAAAAAUGAAGACUGUUCAGAGGUGUCAGGUAGUGUACCCAAAAAAAGAUUAACUCUUGAAGAAAAAUUUAAUAAUUUGGAUAAGCUCUCCGAUAAGCUACAAAAGCCAAAAAAAAAUGAUUGGGUUCAGUCAGUUUCAGCCAAUAAUAAAACAAAUGCAUUCCAAAAUUUGGCUUCAAGUAGAAAACAAAAUAAUAGAAAUAAUGAAAUUCCUCCACCAGCAUUUGUAACAGCAAGAGAGGAGUUUGAUAUUCAAGAAAAAGAUAAAUUUGGAAAUAGAGGAAAACAAAAUUUGGAAGAUACUGGGCAACAAAAAGAAUUGGGAUCAAAACGAUCAAUAAAAAGCAAAUUUAUUAGUCCUCUUCUGAGUCGAAAAGAAAGUUCUAGUGAUUUAAAUGAAGAAAAACCUUUAAAAAUAGUAGGCGAAAGACUUAAAAAUAUUGAGGAAAAAAUGGUAGAACUUAUAAUGGCAGAAAUAAUGGACCAAGGUGCAUCAAUCAGCUGGGAUGAUAUUGCAGGGUUAAAGUUUGCAAAAUCUGCCAUAAAAGAAGCGGUUGUAUGGCCAAUGUUAAGGCCUGAUAUUUUUACUGGUUUACGUCGACCUCCUAAAGGCAUCUUGCUAUUUGGACCACCUGGAACAGGAAAGACUUUAAUAGGUAAAUGUGUUGCUGCCCAAAGUAAAUCUACAUUUUUUUGUAUCAGUGCUUCAUCAUUGACUUCCAAAUGGAUUGGAGAUGGUGAAAAAAUGGUUAGAGCUUUAUUUGCUGUGGCCAGAGUACACCAACCAGCUGUGAUUUUUAUUGACGAAGUAGAUUCUCUUUUGACCCAAAGAAGUGAUACGGAACAUGAAUCUUCUAGAAGAAUGAAAACUGAAUUUCUAGUUCAAUUAGAUGGCGCCACUACUGAUAACGAAGAAAGAUUGCUUGUUAUUGGAGCAACAAAUCGUCCUCAAGAGUUAGAUGAAGCUGCCAGACGGCGCUUUGUUAAAAGAUUGUACAUUCCAUUACCAGAUUAUGAGGCAAGGUUGGAACUUUUGAAAAAACUAAUCUUCAACGAGGUCCACAGUUUGACUGAUGGUGAUUUUUCGAGCAUUGCCAAAUCAUCAGAUGGAUAUUCAGGGGCUGAUAUUAAAAAUUUAUGUUCCGAAGCUGCCUUAGGUCCAAUAAGAUCAAUCAAUUUCGAUGAUAUUGAAAAUAUUCAAGCCGCAGAUGUUCGAAAAUUAGCGAUGACCGAUUUUGAAACUUCUCUUAAGAGAGUCAGGCCCAGUGUUUCACAAGCUGAUUUAGUUAAUUAUAUAAAAUGGAACGAUACUUAUGGAUCUGGAAUUGGUAUUUAA